AUGGUCUUCAAAAUGCUGUCCCCGUCGGCGUGUGCCGUUGCCGCACUUCUCGCCAGUCCGGGACUGGGAAAUCCAACAAGGUCGCUGCUCGAAAGAGGCGCAACAGAAGCCGACACCUCCAAGGCCUCGCAAGUAAAAGAUGUCUUCCGCACGGCGUGGAACGGCUACUACGAACACGCGUUCCCUCAUGACACUCUUUUGCCGCUUACCGGCGGUGACUCGGACGACAGGAACGCAUGGGGUGUGACGCCGAUUGACUCGUUGAGCACGGCGAUAGUAAUGGAGGAAUCCGGCAUUGUCAACCAGAUUCUCAAGUACGCGGCCACAGUUGACUUUACCACCACCAAGGAGGAAAACUCGUCAAUCUCCCUGUUUGAAACCAACAUUCGAUACCUCGGCGGACUACUAGCCGGCUACGACCUGUUAAAAGGCCCCAUGAAGAGCCUCGUCGACGACACCAACACGGCACAUGUCGACGCUCUCCUGAAACAAGCCACGUCGCUAGCUGACAGCCUCAGCAUUGCCUUUGACACGCCUAGCGGCGUGCCUGACGACGCCGUUUUCCUCAAUCCUACCCGCCGCAUCGGGGGCUCAACGUCCAAUGGCCCGGCCGGGUUCGGCACCUUGGUCCUCGAAUGGACACGCCUGAGCGACCUCACGGGCAACAAGACGUAUGCGCAGCUUGCCCAGAGAGCCCAAGGCUACCUCGUCCAUCCGGCCGGGGAGCCCGAGCCAUUCCCCGGCCUGAUUGGAUACACCGUCUCCAUCGAAGACGGCAAGUUCCAAGACCAGAGCGGCGGGUGGGGAGGCGGCACCGACAGCUUCUACGAAUAUCUCAUCAAGAUGUUCCUCUAUGAUCCGGGCGAGUUCUCCUUCUACAAGGACCGCUGGGUGGCGGCCGCCGACUCGACCAUCGAGCAUCUCGCCUCGCACCCCACGAGCCGGCCGGACUUGACGUUUUUGGCGGGAUACGAUGGACAGACAAUCGACCACUGGUCCGGGCACUUGGCCUCCUUUGCCGGCGGCAACUUCAUCCUGGCGGGCGUCGUGCUCAACGAGUCCAAGUACACCGACUUUGGGCUUGACCUCGCGUCCUCGUACUACGAGACGUACAAGCAGACGCCGGCCCGCAUCGGCCCCGAAGGAUUCCAAUGGGUGGCAGCCGAUGGGGGCAGUCCGCCCGACGACGACCAGGCCGGCUUCUACAAGACGGCUGGGUUCUGGCCCUCGUCCAGAGCGUACAUCCUGCGGCCCGAGACCAUCGAGAGCCUGUACUAUGCGUACCGCGUCACCGGGGACAACAAGUACCGGGACAUGGUCUGGGAGGCCUUCACCGCCAUCCGUGACCUGUGCAAGGCCAAGUACGGCUUCUCCGGAAUCAGGGACGUGAUGCAGAAGAAUGGCGGGGGGCAGGAUAACUUCCAGCAGAGCUUCUUCCUGGCCGAGACGCUCAAGUACUCGUAUCUCACGUUUGCGCGGGAUUCUGCCGUGCAGUUCCACGGACGGGGUGGGAACGAGUUUGUGUUUAAUACCGAGGCCCAUCCGUUCAGGUAUAAGUCAUACAGUUUGGAAACUCAAGGCAAGAAGCUUGUCUGA